CUGGAGGUGACGGAGGAGGUGCAGGAGGUGUGUGUGUACGGCCACAGCGACGACGUGUGGGCGGUCGCCUUCCACCCCACCCGCCCGCACUGCGCCGCCACCGCCAGCGACCGGCAGCUGCGGCUGUGGGAUACGGGGGCUCGGCGGCUGGAGCGGCAGGCGGUGGUGGGCUUCGCGGCGCGCUGCGUGGGCUUCUCCAGCAGGGCGCUGGAGGCGGAUGGGGGCACGCACCAUGUGGCGGUGGGGGGAGCCAAGGGGGAGCUACUGGUCCUGCUUGAGUCCAGUCUGCAGCCCGUGCACCGCGCCAAGGACAGCCGCGAGGGCCUCACCGACCUCAAGUACUCCCCCGACGGCCGGCUGCUGGCGGCGGCAACAGCGGACGCGUGGAUCGACAUCUACAACGCGGCGCGCGGCUACCAGCGGGUGCAGAGGUGCAGCGGACACAGCUCCACCAUCCGCGGUAUCGACUGGAGUGUCGACAGCUCGGUGCUGCAGAGCGACUCGGCGGACCUGGAGCUGCUGGUGUGGAAUGCGAGGACGGGCAAGCAGAUCCCCAUCCCCUCCCGCGACAUCUCCUUCGCCACCUACACCCUGCGCCUGGGCUUCCCCGUCAUGGGCAUCUGGCCGGACGGCUCCGACGGAACCGACAUCAACGCCGUGGCUCGCAACCGCCGGGGCGACCUGCUGGCGACGUGCGACGACAGCGGGCUAGUGAAGCUGUUCAGCUGCCCCUGUGUGCUGGAUGAUGCGCCGCACCGGGCGUACCGCGGGCACAGCAGCCACGUGAUGGGGGUGCGGUUCAACUGCGAUGAUAGUCUGGUGGUGUCGGUGGGCGGCUACGACUGGGCCAUGUUCCAGUUCGCGGUGGUGGACCUCGACCCGCCCGCGGAGCACGGACCCGCACCGCCGCAGAAGGUGUGGGGCGCACUGGACCCGGAAGGUCGGUCGUACGGUUGGACCUACACGCCGUACGACGUCCGCGCAGCAGGAGCCGCUGCUGCCGCUGCCGCUGCUGCUGCUGCCAUCGGCACUGCUGCUGCUGGUGCUGCACCCGGUGACGUUAUCAGCUCCCCCCCUGUGCGGCCAGCUCGCGGCGCCGCCGCUGCUGCUGCUGCGGGGCGUUACGCUGGAGGCAGUCCGCCGUCCCGUGAGCCCUCCUCCUCACCACCACCA